CCUGAGGGACAACGCUUUGGGAACUGUAUUUCGUUUGGAAGAGGUUGUAGCACAGUACAGAGGGCAGACCAUUUUAAAGCUGCGAGGUGAAGCAUGUUAACUCAUGCAUGACCUCACAGGGCAGCUGCGGCCAGGUUUACGGUAUUCGUGCAAGCUUCUUCCAGUUGUACACAAUAUAGGCUACAUAGAUAUGAGUGAUAUAAUACAUUACAAAAUAAACUGUUGUGCAAACCAGCGUAAUACUUUUUCCCACCCUGUCCCGCAAGAGGGGAUAUUUCUUAGCCUACUUAACAAGAGUAGUCAGACCUUAAGAAAAAGAAACAAUCAGUUUGAGACACCAAAAUGUACAGUAUGGUCACGUGACGAAUAACAAGCUUAGUUGACAAUCGCAUAGGAAGGAGCGCGAGACCACACGAGAUUUUUUUUACCCGCAGCAACAAAUAUAAAUCUAAACAAUUUCACCUAUUUAAAUGGUGUAACAGGUUGAGAGUGGGCGCCAUGGACGUGUCCAGCCACAGCCUGUACCUCCUACAGCAGCUGAAUGUUCAGAGGGAGUUUGGCUUCUUGUGUGACUGCACUGUUGCCAUUGGCAAUGUGUACUUCAAAGCCCACCGGGCAGUUCUGGCGGCCUUCUCCAACUACUUCAAGAUGAUCUUCAUCCAUCAGACCAGUGAGUGCAUCAAAAUCCAACCGACAGACAUCCAGCCCGAUGUGUUCAGUUACCUGCUCCACAUCAUGUACACUGGCAUGGGGCCAAAACAGCCCGUGGACAGGAGCCGUCUUCAAGAGGGGAUCAAGUUCCUUCAUGCCUACCAGCUGUGCCACAAACCGGGCGAGGCAGGUCCAGACGCGACCUCUGACCUGCGCAUGUCCAACCUUUACGGCAUCCAGAUAUCCUCCCAGCUCCCCAAUAAGGAUGGCACAGGGCUGAAAUUGGGUGGGCAGCGGGACCCUGAGGAAUCACGCUCCAGUGGUCGGGCGGAAUGGGCUGAGCGCUCCCAUGCUCGAUCCUCUCAGGCGGUCGGCUUGGAGGGCAUCUCUUCUGACCACCAGCCGCCCGGCAUGCGGCCCUUAUCCUCUGUGGCUUCCGGGGAUGACUCGGACAUCUCCACCAGGAUCAAAGAGGAACGCCUGGAUGAUGAGGAACAGGAGCAGGAGCAGGCAGAAGGGGACAUGGCUUCGCUCCCUCCUCCGGCUCCUCGCUCCUCACACUCCCCGGCACAGGGGCACCCCUGCCAGCCCACCCUGGCUCUUCUGUGCCCGCGGUGUGGAGAGCGCUGCCUGUCCCCCGAGGGACUUCAGGAGCAUCUAAUCAGCCAUGCAGCCUGUUCCCUAGAACCACUCAUGGAGGGGACUCCUUCUGAGAACACUGAUUUGGGGGGACCGGUCGGGGCAGAGGAGCAUCUGGCCACAAGGGAGCGCCUGGAUGCCGGGUGCCUAGAGGAGGCCCUAAGACAAAGCCAGGCUCUGGCUGAUGAGAUCGCGGCCGAGCUGAGACGCGGAGGGGGUCCGGGAGGCGUCGGGAUCGGGGGGUUCACCGGCAGUCCCCCCAUGGUGGGUCUGUUCACGCGGAAGAGGAAGAUGGCGUGCGCCGUGUGCAACCAGCGGUUCUCGCAUAAGAGCCAGCUGCAGGAGCACAUGUUCUCACACGUGGGCAAGACGCCGCGCCACCAGCACCAGCGCUACAACCGCUUCUGCAACCAGCUGCUGCAGGUGGCGUGUGAGGGGAUGGGUGAUGGCACACAAGGUGCUGGGGCAGGACCGGGGGAGGGGUCGGUGGAGGAGAGCGGGGCCGCACAGGACAACGGCAGCUCCUGCUACUCGCUGGACUCGGAGGUGUCGCGGGAGAGUGUGGAUGCUGUCGCUGUUGAAUAGCGAAUACAAAAAAAUACAUUUAUGAAUGUAGAGUAGGGAACAAAGACAAAAGACAAUACAAACAUCAUACGCACUCUCUUUCCACACAGACAGGAUCUGUUUAAGGAAAAUGAAUGGCGCUUUCUCUCACUCUUUUCCUGUCUCUUUUUGUCUGUCUCCAGUAGCCUGAAUAUCUUUUCUUGUAUGAG